AUGUCACCAGAGAAACGCAGCCACUCACUUAAGCGGCCACCAGGCCACAAAGUGCAGAAACAACGAUGGACGGUCAAGUUCCCGGAGAAUGUACACACAGUCUGUACACUCUACCUAGGCGUCCAAUCCCACAGAGGAGGAAUCGAUCAAGCGCGCACGCAAGCCGAGCGGCAGAUUGACCACCUCCUCAGCGAACGGGGUAACCAGCCCGCCGUGACAGAGACUUUCAAGAUAACCGCCGGAAACGACAUGCCGGGGACAAAACUCUGGAUCGCACACUGGACAGACCCGGCUCAAUUCUCCGCUAAAUUGAAUGAGGCCGACCUACUGCGCAUCUGGCAGGGCCUACCCGCCGACGCAGGGCGCGACGACAUCGGCCUUUGGUGUGAGCGGUUCACCGUUCCCUUGGACCGGCUCCAGACAAACUACGUCCGACUCGAUUACCAUAAACCGGGGCUGGCUGCGCUGCCGAGGGUUGAGCUGCCGCCGCAUGAUUUCACCGAAUAUUGGGGCGCAGGAAGAGAUCGGCUGGCUGCUUCUGCCUAUGAUGAAUUUCCGCUCCCGGAUCGGCUUACUAGUAUGUCUCGCACACAGGCUGUGGGAUUCGGGCAGCGAGUCUGUGGACGUAACUACGACAACAUGUGUCAUAUCCGGUCCGGCCAACGGUGGGAGGAUUGCGAUGCGGAGGAACGCGAGGCCUACGAAGGCGAUCUCCAGCCAACGCUCAUGCGAGGUAUGCAAUAUCUGUGGGAGAAUCCCGAGGAGACGGGCUCCAUCGGGCUCAGAAUGGGGCAAAGGGUCAUUGCGACAGAUAAGCAGCCGCUACGGGAGACUUCUGUCAUUGGGUUCCACCGGAACUGGGCGGACAUGGAGAAGUGGUCGAGCCGGCAUCCAUCGCACUUGGAGAUCUUUAGCGCGUCCAUGAAGCAUGGCAAGCGGUUUGGGGAUGAUAGGAAGUUCAUCACUUGGCAGGAGGUUGCCAUCCUCAAGGAAGGGGAGGCGGCCUUUGAGUACAUCAAUUGUGAUCCCAGGACAGGGGUUAUCCGGUGGAUAGAAAUGCAAACUCAGGAUCUCGCGAGUACCAAAGUAAGUAGGUUAUAA